AAUUUUACUUUUAAACAUAAUAAAAUAUUCCUGUGUAAAAAAAGCAACAGUUUAGGUUAAUAAUUUUAAGAAUACCUAUCCAAGAAAGUUAAGGUUUGAUACCUAGGUACUAUGUACUAGGUAUACUUUAAUAUCUUAUUUUGAAAGAGAUUUUUUCGCACUUAGGCUCGUAUUUACUUCCCGCAGUCUACCAAGAGAGUACACUUCCAUGCUCCCAAUGGCACGCACAAUGCUGUCACCCGAUCCCGGCCCAUUGUCCAAAGCGCUGGUUCGACAACCUGCCCAGUGUCUGUGCCUCCCCGCGCUAUGUGGACGUUCCCGGGACCCUAGCGUUGUACCUUUACCUCGGUGCCAGUGCAAUAUUGUAAUCUGCAGAAUGAUGCAAAUCUUGUACGAUUAUCAGGAAGAUGACUGUCCGUGGUAUUACUUUGAUAGUUCUUAUAAAACUUUAUUAGGGAGUUGUCUCUUUGUUUUCGGAGUGUUCGGGGUGCUGCUGAACGGCUGGCUCUUCGUCACCUUCAUCCACAGUCACCUGCUGACCUUCAGAAGCCACAUCCUUGUGCUAAAUCUUUGCUCGGCGUCUCUCGGCAGGAAUUUGCUAGGGUUCCCUUUCGCCGGGGCUUCAGCGGUAACAAAAAGAUGGUUAUUUGGAUCAGCGUGCUGUCAAUUCUUCGCAUUUUUAAAUCAAUUUUACGGUGUCUUUCAAAUGACUGCGUUACUUGUUAUUAUUAUAGAGCGGUAUCUUUUAGCAAAGUUCUACAGGCGAGAGAGGAUUCUCCACCUACGAUUAUACUACAUCCUCGUGGGUGUUUGCUACGUGACCGCCGCAGUAUUCGCGACGCCGCCUCUAUUUGGCUACGGGGCCUACUCCUGUGACCCCACCGGGACCGUGUGUACUUUUUUCUGGCCCUCGGGGACCUCUGGUGCCAAGCAGAUAGGCUACACUGUGCCCUAUGUCAUACUCUGUGGAGUGAUACCAGUUAUUGCCAUUUUCUAUUACACGGGAAAAGCUGUACGGUUAGAGACUAUUUACUACAGAAGCGAACAACAAAAAGAACAGAAAAGAUUAACCAAGAGUGUCCACGUCCUCACAAUCUCCACGCUGGCCCUGUGGAUCCCCAGCGCAGUCCUGGCAGGGUACCAGUGGUUCCCAGCUCUGGUCCUGAGCUACCGAAGCCACGUUCCACCAACAUUAGCGCUUAUAGCACCCAUUGCAUCUGAGGCGGCGACCAGCAUCCCCGUGCUAUGCUACUUGUUCGUGGACGAGCGGCUGCGCGCGGCGUUGCUCGGCCGCGUGCGGCGACACUACGCGCUCCUGAGACCAGACCGCGCGAAACGCUUCCAGGCAUAGCCCAGUACAAGCUUUAUUUUUCUAAAGAAACCUCGUGACGUGAUAACCACGAAAGCGCCAAGCUGCUUCCGCUACGCCAAGCGCUUCCAGAUCUAACCUUUCGGUGGUGACUAUGACCUGAGUUUUAUUUUUUACGAGACUGUUAUGUCCAACAUAAGUACUUCAUGGUUAGUCAGGCCUGCUCAAUAUUUCGAGAGACGCUUCUUAUGCAUAAACAGGCUACUUCAACGAAAUUGCGCGAAUAACUUCCAGUUCGAACUCUGAAUAAAAGGAAUCCCGUGAGGGCCGUGAGUGUAAGUGUUUUCCUACUACUAAAAUACUUACUCAGAAAGUGCUUAGAUGUAAUGCUGUGAUGGAUUUUGUUAAAAGUGGGAUAUAUUUCCUGGGGCCUACGGUCCUCAUUCUAUAUGUUUAAACACUGCCAUUUUUUUAUUAAGUAUUAAGGCAAAUAUGGAGUUGGAUACUUACAUUGGUUAAAGUUAUAAAUUACCUAUGUCUAAUAAAACAAUUAUUAUUCUU